AUGGAUUACAUGAAUAGAAUUUUUCGACCUUGGUUGGAUAAGUUUGUUGUUGUCUUUAUUGAUGACAUUCUUAUUUACUCGAGGACACGAGAGGAACAUGCCGAUCACUUGAAGGUAGUGUUGAAGAUACUCAGAGACCACCAGUUGUAUGGGAAGCUGUCCAAGUGUGAGUUUUGGCUAGAGGAGGUACAGUUUCUUGGACAUGUCAUCUCAGCUAAGGGUAUUGUAGUAGACCUGGCUAAGAUUGAGAUGGUACUUAACUGGGAAAGGCCUAAGACAGUGACGGAGGUGCGAAGUUUCUUGGGCCUAGCAGGUUACUACAAGAGGUUUGUGGAGGGGAUCUCAAAGAAGGUGAACCCAUUGACACAACUGACAAGAAAAGACCAGUCGUUCUCUUGGACCGAGCAGUGUAAAGAGUGCUUUGAGGAAAUGAAGAAGUGUUUGACUACCGCUCCAGUGCUAGUGAUUCCAGAUACCGAGAAGGUGUUUGAGGUGUACUGUGAUGCAUCAUAUCAAGGACAUGACUUGGAAUUACAACAGUUUGUGGGGUGGUUAGGUACUGAAAAAGGGAAGGAUUAUUAG